AUGGUUAUUACCUCGAAAGACUUGAUGGAACGUCGGAAGAAUCUUACCAGAGAACCUCACUUCUGUGUACCAUUUGGAAGAAACAGAGAUUUCGUCGGACGUGAAUCAAUCCUAAACCGGCUUCUCACGAUCAUUCCGCCUACCGCAGAAGUGGACGAUUGCCAAAGGACAGCCAUCGUAGGCCUCGGAGGAGUCGGAAAGACGCAAAUUGCGCUCGAGGUUGCCUUCCGGGUCCGUGACGCACACCCCCGUUGCUCCAUCUUUUGGGUCCCAGCAGUGAAUGCCUCAAGUUUUGAGAAUGCCUAUCGAGAAAUAGGACGCCAAUUUGGCGUCGGAGGCAUCGAUGAAGACACGGCGGACGUCAAAGCACUUGUUAGCAAAGCUCUGAGUCGGGAGAGCAGUGGCCACUGGCUCUUGAUCGUCGACAACGCGGAUGAUCCAGAUCUGCUCUUCAGUGACAUGCCCCUCUCCGAUUGCCUCCCAUUCAGCCGGAAGGGUUCUGUCCUCUUUACCACUCGAAGCCACGAAGCCGCUGUGAAACUCGAUAUUCCGGAAAGAAAUAUUGUUACCACGGCGGAAAUGGACGUCGCCGAAGCGACGGAUCUAUUACUGAAAGGCUUGAAUAGCCAGGGAUGCAACCUCGAAGAUGCGAAAAGCUUGCUGGUCUUCUUAGCCAAUCUUCCCCUUGCAAUCAAACAGGCAUCCGCAUACAUGGCCAAGACAAGGAUGCCCAUUGCGAAUUAUCUCGAGCACUGCAAGUCAAGCGAUAAAACCUUGAUCAAGCUGCUUAGCAAGGACUUUGAGGAUCGGGGACGUUACAGGGGCAGUCAGAAUCCAGUGGCCACCACUUGGCUGAUCUCAUUCCAGCAUAUUUCACGCGACAGCCCAGUUGCCGCGUGGUAUCUGAAGUUUAUAUGUUUCCUUGCCGAAAAGGAAAUUCCAGUCUCUCUCCUCCCACCCGCAAGCGACCAGCUCGAGGCAGACGAAGCGAUCGGCAUACUGAAAGCAUACGCGUUCAUCACCAGUCGUGGCACUCACGAUUCGUUCGACAUGCACAGACUCGUUCGACUAGCGACACGGAACUGGUUGGACGAAGAAGGAAAACACGGGCAAUGUGUCACGGAGGUGAUCCAGCACUUGAAGCAAGCAGUUCCUCUUCCACAAAGUGACAACAAAAAUACAUGGAUCAAAUGCUUGCCGCAUCUAGAGGCUGCGCUUGGGUCUCGAGAAGGCUGCGCAGAUGAAGCAGCAUCAUGCUUAUUUCGGAUCGCAGCAAAGUGCUAUUAUGUUCUCGGGCAGUAUCAGAAAUCUGAGCAGAUGACGCGGCAAGCACUGGAGCUGCAGGAGAAGCUGUUUAGCAAAGAGCAUCCGCAAACGCUCGAGACUAUGGAGAGUAUUGCGAUAGACCUGAGCUACCAAGGAAAGUACGAGGAAGCUGAGGCCAUGUUCAAGCAGACAGUGGAGCUAAAACGGAAGGUCCUGGGUGAAGUGAGUCCGUCUACGCUAAACUGCAUGAGUAACUUUGGUGUGCUCUUGGACUACCUAGGGAAAUAUGAGGAAGCUGAGAAGAUGCACCGGCAGGCUUUGGAUCAAAGCGUGAAAGUGUUAGAUAAAGAUGACUCCGACCUUGCUUUUAGUAUGAGCAGGCUCGCAGGCGUGCUGAGAAGCCAGGGAAAAUACGAGGAAGCUGAGGGCCUCUGUCGGCAGGCGGUGGAGCAACUGAGGAAGAAGCUUAGUGAAGAGGAUCCAUACAUGCUCAGCUGUAUGGCGACCCUCGGACAGGUGCUCGGCUUUCAAGAGAAGUACGAGGAAGCUGAGGGCAUCUUUCGGCACACGAUGCAAGUACGGGAAAAGGUGCUUGGCAAAGACCAUCCGGAGACACUUAGAAACAUGGGUCAGCUUGCAGAGGUGCUCAACAACGGCAAGGGGAAUUAUAUGGAGGCCGAGGGUCUCUGUCGGCAGGCGCUGGAACAGAUGAAGAAUAGCGUUGGCGAAGAGCAUCCAGACAGGCUUACCUGUCUGUAUACCCUUGCUUCAGUGCUGAGCAGUCAAAGGAAGUAUGAGGAAGCUGAAGGUAUGUUUCGGCGGACAGUGGAGUUGCAGGAAAAGGUGCUGGGCAAAGAGCAUCCUCACACACUCAUCAGCCUGAGUGAGCUUGCAACAGUACUCAAGAGCCGGGGGAAGCGAGAAAAUGCAGUGGCUCUUAUGGAAAAGUGCUACCAGUUACGUGUUCAGAAGUUGGGGCCAGACCAUCAUAAGACGCUGGCUUCUCUCUCAGCACUGAAUGAUUGGAAACUUGAGGAACUUGGUUUAGCCUGA